GAAACAACCUUAACCAUAUAAAAGAGUUCACUGUUUUAGCGCGAAAACAAAGAAAACACAUAAAAACCAAACAAUACACUCGAAAACAUUUCCACAAAACAUGUUUUCAGUCACAACCCCUCUCAUCAACUACCGCCACCACUUAACUCACAAGUUCUUCCCCACACGUACCAUACAGAACCACCCAAACUGUGCCUUCACAAUUCGAAGUUCUUCAAGCUUGCAAGAAAUCGAAAAACCCGCAGAAAAAUCAUCGGAGCAGAGAGACUUGGGCCAGAAGCUUUAUGCUUCGGAGCCUUUUCCACCGAUAAGGGCGGCGAAAAGGGUGGUCUUGGUUCGGCACGGACAAAGCACGUGGAACGAGGAAGGUAGGAUUCAAGGGAGCUCCGAUUUCUCGGUUCUUACUCAGAAAGGUGAGGCUCAGGCUGAAACUUCUCGGCAAAUGCUCAUCGAUGAUGCUUUCGAUGUCUGCUUCUCAAGCCCACUGAUCAGAUCGAAGAGAACAGCUGAAGUUAUCUGGGGUUCUCGCAAGGAGGAGAUAAUUACUGAUUCUGACUUGAGAGAAAUUGACCUGUACUCCUUCCAAGGUCUCCUUAAGCAUGAGGGAAAAGCCAAGUUUGGUGCAGCAUAUCGCCAGUGGCAAAUAGAUGCGGCAAAUUUCAAUAUUGAUGACCAUUACCCAGUUAGGGAGUUAUGGGCACGUGCUAGAAGCUGCUGGACUAAAAUCCUAACCCAUGAAAGCAGGUCUGCGCUGGUGGUUGCUCACAAUGCUGUUAAUCAGGCUCUUGUUGCAACAGCAAUUGGAUUAGGGACCGAGUAUUUCAGAAUUUUACUGCAGAGCAAUUGCGGUGUGAGUGUUCUGGAUUUCAACCCACGAGCUGAAGGUGGUUCUCCAUAUAUAUGUCUUAAUCGUCUAAACCAGACACCAAGUUCGCCUAUAGCUGGUGGAAGCUCUGCAGGCAGAAAAGCUAGUGUGCGGAUCAUACUUGUGUGCCAUGGAACCUCAAAUUUUGAUUCGGAGGUUACUAUUCCUUAUGCGAGGGACAUGCCAAUGAACAUGCUUGGGGUCAUACAGUCCCAGAAAACUGCAGAGCUUCUUCUUGAUUUGAAGGUGAAAACUAUAAUCAGCAGCCCUAAACAAGCUUCAAUCGAGACAGCGAAUGCCAUCUCUAGAGUUCAAGAAGCUGCUGAUUGCUUGGGGGCUGAUUGUGUGCCACGCUAUGUGGAAAUGAAGCAGAUGCAAUACCUUGAUGUUGAAAACAUUCUUCAACAGUCGAAGAAGGAUGCGAUAGGGGUACAAAAUUUACCCUCCGGUUGGUUAAAUGGACUUGAGGAUGGAGUAUUGAUGGCAUUAUGGGAUCAAUCAGGGAAGGCCUGGAGAUCUCUGUUGGCUGAACUAUCCAGCGGAACUGAGCCAGGCAAUCUGGUUGUUGCAGUUGGCCACCCUGCAGUUCACAUUGCAUUGACGGGGCACUGCCUAAACCUGACUAAAGAAUGGAUGGGAUCAUUUCAUCUUGAUGCUGGUAGCAUCAGCGUAAUCGAUUUCCCUGAUGGGCCUGCUGGAAGAGGGGUUAUCAGGUGCACAAAUUACACUGCACAUCUGGGGAGGUGGUCUAUACCCAUCACAAGAUCAACACUGGAUGAUGAAGAGUUCUAAAUGUACGUAUGUAUAGUUCUGAAAGAUAAUUUGAGCACUUGUUAAAAAACAUUAAAAUGCUAAGUGAAUCGUUGCUAUUUCGAAAGAAAUUUUCAUUGAUCUUUCAUUUUCCUGAAAAACAAAUAAAACUGAUCUUUCAUCUACUUUCUUGUACAAAAUGUUGGUAGGACCAUACUGUACUACUUGCUUUCUGUAAGUCCUUACGCCUUUAAAUUUGAAUAUAUUUUGUUGAGUUGGAUACCUUGA